AUGCUGAUCGACACCGUCUACUUCAGUGGCGUGUGCGAGAACAAGAAGAACUUUUACGAGGUGUGCACCUACCAUGCCAACUGCCUCAUCGGUCUGCAGAAAGAGAUCGACACACUCGCCGGCGUGCUCGACGAGUGGAAGCAGUUCAGGGCGCAGCAGGAGCUGCUUGGCAACAGCACCACCACGCUCAUCUACUGA